ACAUGUAAACUCAUUGUUUUUAGUUUGCACGGUAGAGUAUUAUAGUUCCUGUAGAUAUAGUAUAUAUUGACAAAGUUACUGGUUCUCUCACUUUCUUUGAUUAUAUAAGCGACAUUCAUAGACUGUAAGCAUGAAACUUCUGACGCACAACAUGUUGACCUCUCACGUGAAAGGGGUAACCAAAGGAUACCCUCUCCUCAUCAAGGCGACGGAGGUGAAAGUGAGUGAGGUGGAGUUUAAUCCCAAUUUCGUGAGUCGAAUGAUCCCCAAAUUGGAGUGGAGCGCCCUGGUUCAGGCGGCUGAUGGGCUGGGUCAUCUCCAAGAUUUACCUGCAGAGCUCGUCACGGACUAUGAGAAUAAUGAAGACUUCCUGCGUAAAGUACACCGGGUUCUGCUGGAGGUGGAGGUGCUGGAAGGGUGUCUGCAGUGCCCCGAGUCUGGCCGUGAGUUCCCCAUCUCUCGGGGGGUCCCCAACAUGCUGCUGAAUGAGGACGAGGCAUAGAGGGGGGUUGGUUAUACGCUAACACCCCCCCAUCCACCACCCUCUCACCCCCAACCGUUCAUUGUAUGGGACUGCUUGCAUUAGAAGUGAGGGAAAAACUGGACUCUUGUUUGAGUGAAUAGGAAGAAAUACUGAUUUUGUUUUAUUUAUUUUUAUAGAAAUGUUUCGGUGGAUGUUUUGCCGUAGAAGUACAACUCCUUGGUUUCCUUGGUACCCUGCUUUCCCUUGUAAUUCAUUUACACAGAUAAAUAAAUACUGGUACACA